CAUGAAUUGGCUACAUCUGAACAUCGAUCCUGUCCGCUCUCAUAUUUUUGCUUUUUUUCUAUUUUUCAAAGGCCAGACUCAUAAUAGUUGCAGACAGAAGAUGCAGGAAGUAGAAGAUUAUCUGUGCUGCCCCCUCUUAUUAUGUGUGCCGGUCCCCUCUUAUCAGGGCCGGCCCCCUCUUAUUAUGUGUGCCGCACCCCCUCUUGUUAUGUGUACCGGCCCCCCCUCUUAUUAUCUGUGCCGGCCCCCUCAUAUUAUGUGUGCUGGGCCCCUCUUCACUAAAUAGGCUGCUGGGAGCAGGUGGGAUGGACAACAGGGAAUGUGCUGCCCCUUCCUAUCUGUCCACAGGUGGAAACACGGAGGGGGCUAUAGCCCUUACAAGGAGAAAAAAGGAAAAUUACAUUUAAAAGAAUUAAUUUACAUAUUUAAAUAUAAUAAAAAGCUCCUCCUCCGCAUUUAGCCGACCCCACAAUCUCUCUCCUAACCCCUUAUGGUCAUCGCCACAUUUUGCAAAUCGGAACUGUGUUGCUUUAUGCAUUAAUAAUUAAGAGAUUUCAAGAUUGUUUUUUUGUGACAUAUUUUACUUUAACAUAGUGGUAAAUUUUUGUUGAUCCUUGUAUCAUUUCUUUGUAAAAAAAAUUCCCAAAUUUCAUGAAAAAAUUGAAACAUCUGCAUUUUUGUAAAUUAGAAAUUCUCUGCUUGUAAGGAAAAGAAACAUGGCAAAUAAAUUAUAUAUUCAUUCAUAUAUACAAUAUGUUUACUUUAUGUUGCAUCAUAUAGUGGACAUGUUUAAUUUUUAUUUUUUGUUUAAGUGUAGUUUAGUGUACAAAACUAUGAAAAAGCAUCAUGAAACCCAGGAGUAAGAAGCAAAUACAUUCAAGCAAGUUUCUCCAAUCCAGGAUCCUCUGCUGAUAUCUUCUAUAUAAGAGAAUUCUCCUGGAUGACCCAUCAACCAUGGAGAGAGACAGGAACAAGAUGGCCGACAGGAUCAUAAACCUCACCCUACAGAUACUCUUCCGGCUUACUGGAGAGGAAUACACAGUAGGGAAGAAGUCCUCUAGUGGGCGCUGUCGGGUCCCUGUGUGUGAAGAAUGGGGAAGAACCCUGAGCCCAAUCCCGGGGCCCCCACCUCACUCCCUGAUACAUGAGGAAAUGGAUGAACAGAAGAUCCGAGAACUUAUCAAGAUGAUGGAGCUGCUGACUGGAGAGGUUCCUAUAAGGUGUCAGGACGUGGCGGUCUAUUUCUCCAUGGAGGAGUGGGGGUAUGUAGAAGGACAGAAGGAUCAGUACAAGGAUCAGGUCAUGAUGGAGGAUCAGCAGCCCCUCACAUCAGCAGUCAGAUCCAGUAAGAGAACAGCACCAGAGAGGUGUCCCCAUCCUCUUGAUGAUCAGUAUAAGGAGGACAUUACUACAGGGAAAGAUCUGAUCUAUAUUAAUGCUACAGACUUAAAGGAAGAAGAAGAGACAGAUGUGAGCCGUGAUGAGCAGUAUAAGGAGAACAUUCCUACAGGGAAAGAUCAGAUCUAUAUUAAUGCUACAGACAUAAAGGAAGAAGUAGGAGAGACAGAUGUGAGCGGUGAUGAGCAGUAUAAGGUGGACAUUCCAACAGGAAAAGAUCUAAUGUAUUUUACAGAUAUAAAGGAAGAAGAAGAAGAGACAGAUGUGUGCGGUGAUGAGCAGUAUAAGGAGGACAUUCCUACAGGGAAAGAUCUGAUCUAUAUUAAUCCUACAGACAUAAAGGAAGAAGAAGAAACAGACGUGAGCUGUGAUGAGCAGUAUAAGGAGGACAUUCCUACAGGUAACCACCCAGAUUCUUGUACCAGGAGAUCAGAGGAGAAUCUUAUAUCUUCAGAUUAUAAAGCAGAUGAUGAUAUCACACAAGAUACAUAUGAAGAACAUUCCAUUAUCCCAGAUACACCCUCAGCCCUUCACAGCCAAGAUCUGUCAUCUCAUCCUUAUAUACAGGUCCUGUCUUCUCAUUCAUCACAGGAUGUUCAGCAAAAAAAAAGUCACAGAAGGGGUGUUGGACAUCAAAGAAAUUGUGCAAGGGAGAAGCAGUAUUCAUGUUCAGAAUGUGGGAAAUGUUUUACUGCCACAUCACAUCUUAUUCAGCAUCAAAGAACUCACACAGGAGAGAAACCAUUUUCAUGUUCAGAAUGUGGGAAAUGUUUUUCAGCAAAAUCAGGUCUGGCCAUACAUCAAAGAAUUCACACAGGAGAAAAGCCAUUUUUAUGCUUAGAAUGUGGGAAAUGUUUUACUCAGAAAUCAAAUCUUGUUACACAUCAAAGAAGUCACAGUAAGUUGUCAUGUAGAGACUAUGGAAAAUGUUUUACCCAGACAAGAGCUCUUGUUAAACAUAUAAAAAGUCACAUACGUGGGAAGCCAUUUUCAUGUGUACAAUGUGGGAAAUGUUUUGCUUGGAAAUCAGAUCUUGAUAAACAUAAAAAAACUCAUACAGGGGAGAAGCCAUUUUCAUGUGCAGAAUGUGGGAAAUGUUUUGCUUGGAAACCAGAUCUUGUUAUACAUCUAACAACUCACACAGGUGAAAAGCCAUUUACAUGCACAGAAUGUGGGAAAUGUUUUUCUCGGAAAUCCUCUCUUGGCAAACAUCAAAGAACUCACACUGGAGAGAAGCCAUUUUCAUGUUUAGAAUGUGGGAAAAGUUUUACUGACAAGUCAAAUCUUUUUCAGCAUAAAAAAACUCACACAGGAGAGAAGCCAUUUUCAUGUUCAGAAUGUGGGAAAUGUUUUACUUAUAAAAGAGACCUUGUUACACAUCAAAGAACCCACACAGGAGAGAGGCCAUAUUCAUGUUCAGAGUGUGGGAAAAGUUUUACUGACAAAUCAAAUCUUAUUUACCAUAUAAGAACUCACACAGGAGAAAGGCCAUUUUCAUGUUCAGAAUGUGGGAAAACUUUUACUCAGAAAUCAAAUCUAAUUCAUCAUCUCAAAAUUCACACAGGAGAGAAGCCAUUUUCAUGUUCAGAAUGUGGGAAAAGUUUUACUCAGAAAUCAAAUCUAGUUCAUCAUCUCAAAAUUCACACAAGGGAGAAGCCGUUUAGAAUUCCCCUGGGUGACCAAUCAUCCAUGGAGAGAGACAGGAACAAGAUGGCCGACAGGAUCAUAAACCUCACCCUACAGAUACUCUUCCGGCUUACUGGAGAGGAUUACACAGUAGUGAAGAAGUCCUCUAGUGGACGCUGUCGGGCCCCUGUGUGUGAAGGAUGGGGAAGAACCCUGAGCCCAAUCCCGGGGCCCCCACCUCACUCCCUGAUACAUGAGGAAAUGGAUGAACAGAAGAUCCGAGAACUUAUCAACAAGAUGAUGGAGCUGCUGACUGGAGAGGUUCCUAUAAGGUGUCAGGACGUGGCGGUCUAUUUCUCCAUGGAGGAGUGGGAGUAUGUAGAAGGACACAAGGAUCAGUACAAGGAUCAGGUCAUGAUGGAGGAUCAGCAGCCCCUCACAUCACCAGUCAGAUCCAGUAAGAGAACAGCACCAGAGAGGUGUCCCCGUCCUCUUCUUCCACAGGAUGAUCAGGAAGAAGAUCUGAUCAGUAUUAAUGCUCCAGAUAUGGGGGAAGAUGAAGAAGAAGAGACAGAUGUGAGCGGUAAUGAGCAGUAUAAGGAGGACAUUCCUAUAGUUAAUCGCCCAGAUUCUUGUACCAGGAGAUCAGAGGAUAAUCUUAUAUCUUCAGAUUAUAAAGCAGAUGAUGAUAUCACACAAGAUACAUAUGAAGAACAUUCCAUUAUCCCAGAUACACCCUCAGCCCUUCACAGCCAAGAUCUGUCAUCUCAUCCAUCAAAACAAGUCCCAUCAUCUGAUUCAUCACAGCAAAAUAAGGAGAAGCCGUUUUUAUGUUCAGAAUGUGGGAAAUGUUUUACUUUAAAAUCGAGUCUUGUUAGACAUCAAAGAACUCACACAGGGGAGAAACCAUUUUCAUGCUCGGAAUGUGGGAAAUGUUUUACUCUCAAAUCACAUUAUGUUAAACAUCUAAGAACUCACACAGGGGAGAAACCAUUUUCAUGUUCAGAAUGCGGGAAAUGUUUUAGUCAGAAAUCAAUUCUUGUUACACAUAAAAGAACUCACACAGGAGUUAAACCAUUUUCUUGUUCAGAAUGUGGAAAAUGUUUUACCCUCAAAUCACAUUAUGUUAAUCAUGAAAGAACUCACACAGGGGAGAAGCCAUUUUCAUGUUCAGAAUGUGGGAAAAGUUUUAGUCAGAAAUCAAUUCUUGUUGCACAUAAAAGAACUCACACAGGAGAGAAACCAUUUUCAUGUUCAGAAUGUGAGAAAUGUUUUAGUCACAAAUCAUAUCUUCUUGAACAUCGAAAAACUCACACAGGAGAGAAGCCAUUUUCAUGUUCACAAUGUGAGAAAUCUUUUACUCAGAAAUUACAACUUGUUAGACAUGAAAAAACUCACACAGGAGAGAAGCCAUUUUCAUGUUCAGAAUGUGGGAAAUGUUUUAGUCAGAAAUCAUAUCUUCUUGAACAUGAAAGAGUUCACACAGGAGAGAAGCCUUUUUCAUGUUCAGAAUGUGGGAAAUCUUUUACUUCCAAAUCCAACGUUGUUAAUCACAUAAGAAGUCACACGGGAGAGAAGCCAUUUUCAUGUUCAGAAUGUGGGAAAUCUUUUAUGUGGAAAGUAUCUCUUGAUAUACAUCAAAGAACUCACAAAGGAGAGAGGCCUUUUUCAUGUGUAAAAUGUGGGAAAUCUUUUACUCAGAAAUCACAUCUUAAUCAGCAUAAGAAAAAACACACAGGCGAGAAGCCUUUUUCAUGUUCAGAAUGCGGGAAAUUUUUUACUCAUAAAUCAAGUUUUACCAGACAUCUAAGAAUUCACACAGGAGAGAAGCCGAUUUAGAGUAAUAAAUGAUGCAGAUAAGACAUCUAUAUAUUAACCGUGUACAUAGGAUAUCUGACAUUUAUACAUAUAUCAUAUACUGCAUCUCCAAACUUGUUCCCAAUUGUUAAUAAAAGUUUUUUUUUAGUA